GCGGAGUGCGCGCCCAGCCGUCCAAUGGCGACGCGUCCUUGCCUGGCGCUGAGUUUUAUGUAUCGGAUACUGAGACUGGAAGACUAUUAAGAUCACGGGAACAUGGGCUACACUACAGAACGGCUGGUGCAUCAUACAAUCAGGUGACAGCGCUACAACACACAGACUAUACAACCGUGCUUUACCUUAUAAGGAUAUAUCAAUAGCAGGUGCUUUUUACUUUUAUCAGCGAAAGUAGUCAUUGGGACUGGAAAGCUGGAAUAAUCUACAUCUUCAAACCUAUCUUACCUACACCACUUAUACUACAAAGGAAUGGGGCCGAACGUCUAAAUAGGAAAAAUGAUUCCAAUGUCUGCUUACCUUCAACGAUAACAUUGUGAUCAUUAAGAAAAGAAUCGGUUUUGGAAAAGACGUAGGACAAAUUCUACCGUGAUGGCAGCUUUGGUGUCUUAUGUUAACGUGGGCCUUGCUGCGCUAUUUGUCAUUGUUUUGUGUCUUGGGCUGUCGUUAGCAGAUCAGUUUGAUUACCCAUCAAUAGACGACGAGAAUGUCGACGAUGCACUCUCAGCAGACAAAAGGUACGCAAUGAUGUCAUACGGAUUCGGGCGGAGCAGAGGUAGCAGAAAUAGGUAUGACUAUUACAGAAACUAUUAUGGAAAACGUUACAGGUACCAUUCCUACUGGAAGCCAUGGACCCGCCUCCCAAACCAGAAAUGCUACCGGCAGAAAUGCAACUCUAGCAAAGAUUGUUGUCGUUAUCACAAUAUUUGUGACAAAAGCGCUAAGAUAUGUUAUGACUGUUGGUACGGUUUCCCAUGCAGAUCCUCACGUGACUGUUGUGAGAGAUUUCCCCGUUGCAGCUCCAGAGCUAAAAUGUGUACAAAUUAAAAUACACGUAAAAGCAUGAUGUCAUUGAAUCCUCGCUCAUGAAAAUAAAUCCAUACGAUGCAUUUUCUAUUUUUGCUAUGCCUUUUUGUGUCGAGGAAUGCAAUUCUUCUCAUCUCAACAUGACCCUGUUUUUGACGUUGACAGGUAUCCCAAAUAUGAAACAGAGUAUACACUUUAUUAUACCAAAUUCUCUAGAUCCAUUAAAUCAGACUUCCGAUUAUAUCAAUCUAAUAGUCCAUUAAUUUUGUAAAACUUGUGGGGUUUUUCAUUAAAUAUUUUGAUUUGAAUAAACAAGGUGG